AUGCGCUUAGCGUUGUUUGCCUCUUCCUGCUAUCGUCUUCGGUUGAAGAAGAAUCUGUCAUCCACAGCUGGAACUUCUUCAUCACAGAAUCUUGAUCUCUUCUCUCUUCUACACGAAUCCCCAAAUAUAAACCAUCUUCGCCAUCUCCACGCUCAUCUUCUCCGCACCUCCAAUUACUCCAACGUAGUACUCAGCUCCAAGCUCGUUCUCGCUUACUCCAAGCUCAACCAUCUCUUCCCUACUUCCCUUUCCGUCUUCUGGCACAUGCCACAUCGCAACAUCUUCUCAUGGAACAUAAUCAUCGGCGAGUUCUCCAGAUCAUCACGCUUUGCCUCCAUCUCAAUCGAUUUGUUUCUCCGUAUGUGGCGUGAGUCCUGCGUUAGACCCGAUGACUUCACGCUUCCUCUUCUCCUACGAGCUUGCUCUGCCUCGAGGUUCGGGGGUUUGGUUCAUGUGCUGAGCUUGAAGUUAGGAUACGGAGUGAGUUUGUUUCUUAGUUCGGCUUUAGUGGUUAUGUAUGUCGAAACCGGCGAAAUCUCGUAUGCACGUAAGUUGUUCGAUGAAAUGCCUGUUAGAGACUCUGUUCUUUACACGGCUAUGUUUGGCGGGUAUGUUCAGCGAGGAGAAGCUGUGUUGGGUUUGCCUCUGUUUAGAGAAAUGAUUCGUUAUGGGUUCCCGCUUGACUCGGUGGUGAUGGUGAGUUUAGUUAUGGCUUGUGGACAACUUGGGAUGUUGAAGCAUGGGAAGAGUGUACAUGGGUGGUGUAUCCGGAGAUGCUCCUGCUUGGGUUUGAAUCUCGGCAAUGCUGUUGUCGAUAUGUAUGUAAAGUGUUCAAGGCUAGCCUAUGCGCAGCGAGUUUUCGAUAAGAUGCCACGCCGAGAUGUCAUCUCUUGGAGCUCUCUUGUUUUGGGUUAUGGAUUGGACGGGGACGUUGCGAUGUCGCUAAAGCUGUUUGAGGAGAUGCUCCAACAAGGAGUCAAGCCCAAUGCUGUCACUUUUCUUGGUGUCUUGUCAGCAUGUGCACACGGCGGUCUUGUGGACAAGUCUUGGCUGUAUUUCAGACAUAUGCAUGAGUAUAAGAUAGUUCCUGAGUUGAAACACUAUGCUAGCAUGGCAGAUUGUUUGGCUAGAGCAGGUCUUUUGGAGGAAGCUGAGAAGUUUAUGGAAGAAAUGCCCUUAAAACCCGAUGAGGCUGUUAUGUGUGCGGUGUUGAGUGGGUGUAAGGUGUAUGGGAAUGUACAAGUAGGGGAAAGAGUAGCGAGGAAGCUGAUUCAACUCAAGCCGGGAAAAGCUGGCUACUAUGUGACGUUGGCUGGUCUAUAUACAGCUGCAGGUCGGUUUGAUGAAGCUGAGAGUUUGAGACAGUGGAUGAAGGAGAAACAGAUUUCUAAGCUCAAUAUAAAAGCAGCUACUACGAACUCCAAAGAGAACGGUGGUGCUGACGUGGAAAGCAACACUAGUAGUAGUACUACAGGUUUGGUGGAGAGGAAACGGCUCUUGCUUGCUCCGGCGGCGAGUAAACGGCGGUCUCUGUUUCUCCGACAGAUUGCUUCAUCGAGAAGGAUUAUAAUAGACACAGACGUCUCAUCAACGAUGUCUGCAUACCAAGAUUGA